CUUCAUUCAUUCCACGCACCAGCAAAAGAAAGAGAGAAGGGACAGGGGAUGGUGGUGGCUGUAGUUCCCCGCAUUCAUAGCUUUUGUCGUCGAAAAUUCCCAAAAAGCAAACCCGCGCUUUCACAGACCCACCCAUUUUUUAGAAUCCGAUUUUCCAAAUACCCAAAUUCCCCAAUUUCGGACUCUCCAACUUUUGGAGGGGUUUCUCUUCUCUUUAUCCGUCAACCACGCUUCAAUUCCAACAUUCUCUCUCUCUCCUCUCUUCUCUCUUCCACUUUCCUGCUUUCCCCAGGUGAAAAAAUAGUUUGGCAAGUAGGCUUUCGGAAUCUGUAGAGAGAAGAGGGAGAGUACUGGUUCGCAGAGGCUUUAGUACUUCUGCGAACUUUUCGUCCUCUCUCCUUCUUAUCCAAGUAUAACUUAUUCUCCUAGUGCUUACUUGCAUAAUGCUUACCCGUGGCUGAAUUGGUUUUGGUCAAUGAGAUUGGAGAUUGCUUUGGAGGGUUUUAAGUGAAGAUAAAUUUUGAAGCCAGCAUAAUGGGUUCAGUUUGUUGCUGUUUGAAUGUUCAGGAUUUUGAAGAUUAUAUGAAUCCAAACAGCUCUGUAUAUAGGAAUUGCAUAUGCCUUAGUUGCUUUAUCCAGAAUGUUUUAAAUGUGUAUGCAUCAAUCUUCCAAAGAGGGGAAGUGCAUUCCCUCCCUUCAUCCGUUCAGGGGACGGCUUCUAUGACUUCUGCAGCAUCAUAUGACAACUCUUUAGCUGACAUGUAUCGUUCUCCUCCAAGGCCCUUGCCUUAUGAUGCUGAUCCCAGAUAUUUCCGCUUGCAGCGGGAUGGAUUGAUUUCAAGGCGUGAGAAAGGCUCAAGCCAUUCACAUGAAGAAUCAGAACCUCUGAGAGGUGAUGUUGAUGCAGAGAAUGAAUCUUUGAGUACAGGAGACAAAUGGAAUGAAUCUGCUUGUGAAGAUGGAUCAAAAGAACAGCGUUCUAAGUCCUCAAUAAAGUUCUCAUCUGCUAAAACCACAACUGGAGUUAUCAACCUUUACACAUCAUCUGAAGAUGAGGAUGUCUGUCCAACAUGUCUUGAAGAAUAUACCAAGGAAAACCCUAGAAUAGUAACAAAAUGCUCUCAUCAUUUUCACCUUGGUUGUAUUUAUGAAUGGAUGGAGAGAAGUGAUAGCUGUCCUGUUUGUGGCAAGGUGAUGGUAUUCGAUGAAACGACUUAAUCUUUGAUUGAAAGGUUCAUGUCGUGGAUGAACCCAGCAAUUUCAGGAGAGGGGGGAAGACCAAAAAGAAAGUGUUGUUACUGUGAAUAUGAGAUGUUAAAAAGUGUGUCAAUGUCAUCAAUCGUACAUAUAAAACUACUGUUUCUCAUAACAAUCUUUGUAAGUACAUUCAGAUCCAUACCCCUUUUUUUUUUUUUUUUUUGUUCCUUGGUGAAAGAUCCAUACCUCCCUUUAUUCUGAUAUAUUUUGCAAAUUUACCUGAAACUUAGGUACAAUUACCCACAAGUAAAAACAUUGUUAAGAGACCUUUGGAAAAUAGGAGGAUUGUGAUUGUGGCGUAUAGAUUAUUUAUGAUCUCAAUAUCUUCGGUUUCUGCA